AUGACUGGCGUUGAGGCUGUGUCCAAUUCAGAACCUGCUGAAGUCGUUGAUUCGAACGUGAAGGACUCGUUCGUCCAGGUCUCAGACCUUGCAAGCAGAGCGGUAGAUGAUGUUCAGAGACAAAAUGAGCUAACGGAGGCGCAGCUCAAUCAGAUUGAACAGGAGCAGAAAAAGGUUCCAUUAGUUGGGGAUCGAGUGCCUUUCGAAAUAGUGGUUAUGGAGUAUGAUCCUGUCGAGAGCUCUGAGUAUUAUACUAAAGCUAAGGACCUACUAGAAACCUACUCUGAUAUUCGCCUUAUUCGUCGGGAUGGUAAUUGCUUCUAUCGCGCAGUUUUGGUUGCGCAGAUUGAACUAAUGCUCAACGAUCGAGAGGAGUGUGCAAGGUUCGAACAAAUAAGCCGUGGAUGGCAGGACCGACUUAUCAAGCUUGGAUACCCUGACUUUACUACUACUGACUUUUGCGAAGUGUUUUACAAAUGGAUGACUCCAAUAUGGACUCAUCAGGCGGACAGGAAAAAGAUUUUUGAAGACUUGAACGACGACGGUGAAGCUAACUACCUCAUAAUCUUUUUGAGAUUGAUCACUGCGGGAUUCUUGAAGGAGCACUCGGAGGAGUAUGCACCGUUUAUUGAAGACUGUAGUCUCUCUGAUUAUUGUACUACAGAGAUUGAAUCAAUGUGGAAGGACGCAGACCAUCUUGCCGUCACGGGACUUGUGAACGCCAUAGGGCAGAGCAUUCGAGUGCAAUACAUGGAUCAGAAUGCUGCUCCGAACGGCGGUUUGUAUUACGACUUCCCUCCUGACCGUACGGAAACGCCUCUUAUAACACUUCUUUAUCGACCAGGUCAUUAUGAUCUAGUUUAUCGCAGGUAA